AUGAGUAAUAAAUUAUAACUUUAAGAAUAAAAGCAAUAAUGCAGUCAGUGAGUGGAUUUCGAUUGACAACAACUGAGGUAUUUGCUUAUCCGACAAUAUGUUUCGUUGUUAUUUUGUGGUGUCGCUACAAAUGGAAUCGCAGGCAUUUAGACAAAUUAGCAGCAGGAUUGAAAGGACCACCAGCGUAUCCAAUUAUUGGCUCAGCACUCCAGUUUAUUGGAACACCAGAAGAGAUCAUGGAUAAUAUAAUUAAAUUAAUCAAGGAUUAUAGCCCAGAGCCUUUUAAAAUUUGUAUGGGUCCAUAUUUUGGGGUAGCAAUUGUUAAGCCUGAAGAUGUACAAAUUGUUUUAAAUAGUUCAAGAGCUUUGCAGAAAGAUAGGUUUUACAAUUUUGUCAAAAACAUUUUUGGUGAAGGAUUGUUAACUGCCCCAGUUGACAAAUGGCGCAAGCAUCGACGACUUAUUACACCCUCAUUUAAUUCCAUCCUUCUGAAUGAAUUUUUUCCUGUAUAUAACGAAAAAAGUAAAAUGCUUAUUAGAAAUCUAAAAAGUGAAUUGAAUAAAACCCAACCAUUUGACUUAUGGGACUACAUUGCACCCAUAACUCUUAAUUUAAUUUGUCAAAAUGCAAUGGGUUACAAUCUUGACAGUCAAUCAAAAAGUGGUUCUGAAUUUGAGAAAGCAAUGAUAAAAGCAUCAGAAUUGGAUUCUAUAAGGGUAUCAAAACCAUGGUUGUACCCAAGUAUUAUGUUUUCACUAUAUCUAAAACUGAAGGGAUAUUCCAAUGUAUUUAAUUCCUUGUACAAAUUACCAUUAAAAAUGAUCCAUAAAAAAAGAGAAGAAUUUGCACAAAAAAAAAUAGGAAAUGAAUCAAAUUACUUAGAUGUUACUGACAAUGAAAGAAAACAUUCAAAAGUAUUUUUGGACACAUUAUUUGAAUUGAACGAAGCUGGUGCCAAUUUCUCUUAUGAUGAUAUUCGAGAUGAGGUUGUUACAAUGAUGAUAGGUGGUAGUGAAACCAACGCUAUUACACUUUGUUUUUGUGUCUUAUUACUAGCCAUUUACCCAAGUAUCCAAGAUAAAGUUUAUGAUGAAAUUUACGACGUAUUAGGUGAUGGAGACCAAACAAUUACUAUUGAAGACACAUCUAAACUUCUAUAUUUGGAUCAAGUGUUAAAGGAAACACUUCGAUUAUUUCCAGUAAUACCGUUAAUACUUAGGCAACUUCAAGGUGAUGUUAAAAUUAUUUCAAAUAAUAUUGUUCUACCAAAAGGAUCUACGUGUUACCUAAGUCCAUUAGCCACCCAUCGUGAUUCAGAUUCAUACCCAAAUCCUACUAGUUUUGAUCCAGAAAACUUCAGUCCUGAAAAUAUUGCAAAGCGACAUAAAUAUAGUUUUAUAGGUUUUAGCGGUGGCCCAAGAGGUUGCAUAGGAUCCAAGUAUGCUAUGCUGUCGAUGAAAGUUCUAGUAGCUACAUUCUUGCGAAACUACAGUGUUCAUACGGAUUGCAAAUUUAACGAUAUUAAAUUAAGAUUAGAUUUGUUAUUGAGAAGUUCCAAUGGUUAUCCUGUUACUAUUCGAACACGCGAUAGGAGACCUGUAUAUAUUAAAUUAGAAUACAUUUAGAUGACUAAUUUUAAGAUACCUAAUUAGUAAUUACUAUAUUAAUAUCUUAGAGUUUAGAUCAGUAGUUUUCAAACUUUUAUUAAACUUGGCACACCGUACUUCACGAGAAAUAUUCAUCGCACAGUGACUUUUUUUUUUGCACUAAAUAAUUAGAUGAACAAAAUUGUUUUGAAUUAUAAUUAUAUAAGUAUAUUUAAUUAGAAAAGUGUGCUUGAUGGGUCAACAUUUUUUUAAUAAUUAUAUUUUAAUAAUUGUAUUCUUGGACGAAUAGUUGAACUUUCCGAAAGACCACAGCACACUUAGUGAAUGCUUGCGGCACACCAGUGUGCCGCGGCACCCAGUUUGAAAACCACUGGUUUAGAUCAUAUUAUCAUACUAUAUGGACGGAGCUCAGCCCAUAACAACCGUAUAAACAAUCUGACACAUAUAGUAUAAAAGUAAUAGAUGUUUGAUUUGCACAUGCGUAAGGCGAACUGUCGCAUAUUUAACUGUUGAUUGCUGAUUGAUUCAUAGUUAUAUUAUAUAUAUAUAUAUUCAAAAUUCAAAUAGAUAAUUCUGCGACAUUUCUUUUCACGCAUGCUUAUAGUUUGUUCGUAUAAUACAGAGACUUGUAGCUAAUAUGUGCUUCAAAUUGAAAGCACGGGUGCAUCGUCCACCCAUAGCAUAUGAUCCAAGGUUAAUAUAAUACUAUGUUUUUUAUAAACGAUACCCAGUAAUAUUUUUAGAAACCUUUUAUUUUUGGACAUAUUUAUCAGAUCUUUUAAAUUUGUUAUUUUAAAUCAUAAUACUAUUGAUAAGAUUUUAACUUGGAAUUGUAUUAAAUCUAUUUAUUUUAUU